AUGAGUCAAUCUCCGCUACGGCUGAGCAAUGUGUCAAUCGAUGAGCUUCUCCAGGAGUUACAGGAACGGAGAUUGACAAGCGUUCAACUAGUUGAGAUAUACAUUGCUCGCAUCGAAGAAGUCAAUUCAAAGGUGCAUGCCGUUAGUGAGAUCAAUCCAGAUGCUUUGGAUAUCGCAAGAGAGCGUGAUGAUGAACGUCAGAAUGAUCAAACCCGGGGCGUGCUCCACGGUAUCCCAAUUCUCUUGAAAGAUGUAUUUUCUACUACAGAUUCCAUGUCGACAACAGCCGGAUUCAGCGGUUUGGUAGGUGCAAAACCUACACUUGAAGCGACCGUGGUUCGCAAACUGCGCGAGGAAGGGGCCAUUAUUCUUGGUAAGACAACCAUGUCUGAGUGGCUGAAUUUCAGAUCUCCGGGUGUUGCGCCAAAUGGCUGGUCUCCGGUAGGCGACCAGUGUGCCGGUAUUUUCUGCGCGAAUCAGGAUGCCGGUGGUUCUUCGACGGGGAGCGCUGUUGCGACAGCUCUGGGAUUGGCGGCCGCUGCACUGGGUACAGAGACUUCCGGAAGCAUUGCAACGCCAGCUCGUAGCUGCGGUCUUAUCGGGAUGAAACCAACUGCGGGUUUAACUUCCCGAGAUGGAGUUUUUAUUGCCAAUGAAUAUCAAGAUAGCGUGGGAGUUUUAUCUCAAACUGUCAAAGAUGCAGCCCUCAUACUCACCGCUAUAGCCGAACCAAACGACGAGGAUACCUUGGAGAAGGUUGACCCGCGAGACUUGCAUAGCGUCCCUCGACCCCUCGGUCGCACUAACUUUGUAGAGCACUGUAGAACCUCUGGUCUUCAAAACUUAAGAGUAGCAGUCGCACGACACAUCAUGAAGCGGGAUCAAUUUGCCACCGAGAAAUUUAAUGAAGCACUUAGUAAAAUGAGGCACCUCGGUGCAACGAUCGUUGAUGAUGUUGAAUUUUUUUCUUGGACGCUGAACAUGUCUAAACGCUUCGGUUAUAAAUGGAAAUUUGCGUCGCGAUUACUUCUAAAACAAAACAUUGAAUCAUUCUUGAGCUCAUUUACUGAAAACCCGCAAGGCCUUCUUACUCUUGACGAUAUCAGGAACUACACAAGAAAAUUCUCCAAGGAAAAUGCAGAAAACUAUCAAUUAACGGAGUUCGACACGGCAGCCCAGCAAGCCCAACAGUACGAUAUGAAUUCAGAUGAGUAUCAAGAAUCACUCUCUCUUCGGCUGAAGAUGGGCAAAGAGCUGGGAAGUCUUCUUGACAACUACGAUUGCGAUAUACUGGUUGCACCAGCAUGGACAGAGACAGCAGCAAGUGUGGGCGGCUGUCCACAGGUAUCCGUACCUCUACAAGCUUAUCCCAAAGACUGGCCUCUGGAAAAGAUGCACAAUGGAUUCAUCUCAACUGGACCCGAGAUCCCAACUGGCAUUCUAUUCGUGGGCCGUAGGUGGGAUGAUGCUAGAGUUAUCGGUGCUUCUUAUGCAUUUGAACAGGCUACAAAUUACCGGGAAACCUUUAACCCGAUCAUAUACCCUUCAGUUGAACUUCGAGAUUGGCCAGCCAAGAUAUAG